AGAAAAUGAUAGCCAAGAGAUAAAUUAUGGCAAUAUUUGAAUAAAUAGAAAAUAGCGAAGCAGGAAAUAUUUUGGCAGCUGUUUUAAUCUAUAUUGGAAUCUUAUCAAUUCAGCAUCACCUUAAAUAUUUUUGAGACAAUACUAGCUAUUGAACGGAACUAAAAUGGGCGCUGCCAUGGUAUUUUUUAUGCUGUGCAUCAUUUCUGGAGGCAUGACGAGCACCCUGGAGGUGGAAGGUUUCUGCAACGUGCAAGUGUCGGUACAGUCUGGCUCCUCGUGCAAAUGUCGAACAUCGUCGCUGCUCUACGACUACUCAGUCAACGACUGCGUUGCUAAAGACAUCUUGUAUCCCGUCACGGAAUGCGGCCCCAACGCUGAUUUGCAGACGUGCGAGUGCAAGGAUGGAUGGGCGAGGGAUAGCGUCACAGGGCUCUGCAUUCAGGAGGCGGAACAAUGUCAGGCCGAUUCCUGUGCAAAGGACGACGAGAAAUGCGUGGAGUUGCCUGGUGUCGUACACUGCGCAUGUCUCGAUACUCAGUACAAGGCCAGCGACACGCACUGCGUUCCAUACAACGAGUGUUCGAAUCCUAUGUGGAAUGACUGCACCCAAAUCUGCCUUGACGACACCGUUGGUUACCACUGCCUCUGCGCCAAGAACUUCGAAGGCAACGGCACACACUGCGAGAUUCAGGAGAAUUACAUCGAUUGUUCUAACGAGACAUUCGUGUGCUCUCGAUUUGCAAAUGGCUCCGUUGUUGUUCAAUUUCCACGGAUUGGAUUCCUUGCUAACGGCACGGAUAAAGACGAAUGUAAUGAGCCGCAGAACACGUUCUGCUGGCCAAACUCAGUGUGCGUGAACUUGGAUGCUGGAGGCGGUUACCAAUGUCAGUGCAAGCCUGGCUACACGGACUACAACUCAACCCUGAGGGAAUGUAUUUUCAUUGACCAGCCGCAUUGCAGUGGAUGCGCUUGUGAAGACGUGUGUGCUGACGAGACUUGUAAUAACCAAAGCUUGGUUUGCGAUUCCUCCGCGUCUUGCGCCUCAGACUGCGUGAUAAGUCUUGCAGACACCGUCUUGACGCUUCCUGUCACCACCGUGGGGUUCUACACCGGCACUCUCACCGUCGGCGUACCACAAUACAACUACCAUGCAAACAACGUCCAUAAGGCAUUGAGUGCAGUCCUAGGAAGGAACGUUCAAGUGCGCAGCAGAAGCAACGCUGUAUUCGAGUUUUCGGUGAUGACUUCAAGCUUCAGGCUGGCGAAUUCAUGA